GGUGGCCUGCGACCCCUUCCCGGUACCCUGAGACCCCUUCCCGGUACCCUGAGACCCGUUCCCGGUACCCUGCGACCACCCCAGGCCCCUUCCCCCGGCAGCUCCCGGCGCUCUGAUCCCCGAUCUCCGGGAUUUCCCAGCCUCAUCCCCCGGGCGAUUCCCGCCGCCGUUCCCACCCCCCAUUCCGAGCUCUCCCGGUGUCCCCGAGCACCGAUCCCCGCUCCCUUUUCCCUCCCCAAGGCCGGCAUUCACCAUGAAUUUCGAAGGGCUCAACCCCUCCCUGGCCGAGUUCGCGCCGCCGCUUCACCCCGCGCUGGAGCCGGUGCUGGACCCGCACCUGAACCCCAACCUGGUGGAGCUGGACCCCGAGGGGGUGUCCCUGGAGGGGCUCCCGGUACCGGAGUCGGUGCACCUGAUGGAGGGGAUGUACAGCGAGCUGCACACCGCCGUCUCCGAGGUCGGCGUGCCCGUCUCCGUCUCCCACUUCGACCUGCACGAGGAGAUGCUGUGGGUUGGCAACCACGGGGGCCAUGCCACCUCCUUCUUCGGGCCGACGCUGGAGCGCUACUCGUCCUUCCAGGUGAACAGCAGCGACGACAUCCGCCAGAUCCAGAGCCUGGAGAACGGCGUCCUCUUCCUCACCAAAACCAACCUCAAGUACCUGUCCCGGGGCGGCCUCAUCAUUUUCGACUACCUCAUGGAUGAAUCCGAGGACAUGCACAGCCUCCUGCUGACUGACAACAACACCCUGCUGGUGGCCGGCCUGCACAACCACGUCCUGGAGAUCGACCUCGGCACCGUGCAGGAGACGCAGAAGUACACCGUGGAGGUGCCGGGCAUCACCAUCAUGAGGCAAUCCAACCGCUUCUUCUUCUGCGGCCACACCUCGGGCAAGGUGUCCCUGCGCGACCUGCGCACCUUCGCGGUGGAGCACGAGUUCGACGCCCACUCCGGGAGCCUGUCGGACUUUGACGUGCACGGGAACCUGCUGGUGACCUGCGGCUUCUCCAGCCGCAUGAACGGCCUGGCCUGCGACCGCUUCCUCAAGGUGUACGACCUGCGGAUGAUGAGGGCCACCACCCCGCUGCAGGUCCACAUCGACCCCUUCUUCCUGCGCUUCAUCCCCACCUACACCUCCCGCCUGGCCAUCAUCUCCCAGACAGGCCAGUGCCAGUUCUGCGAGCCCACCGGGCUGGCCAACCCCGCCGACAUCUUCCACGUCAACACCGUGGGGCCGCUCAUCAUGACCUUCGACGUGUCGGCCAGCAAGCAGGCGCUGGCCUUCGGCGACUCCGAGGGCUGCGUCCACCUCUGGGCCGACUCUCCGGAGGUGACCUUCAACGCCUACUCCCGGGAGACCGACUUUGCCUUGCCCUGCAUGGUGGACACGCUGCCACACCUGGACUGGAACCAGGACCUGGUGCCGCUGUCGCUCAUCCCGGUGCCGCUGACCAGCGACGCGCUGCUCUCCGACUGGCCCGCCGCCAACUCCGCCCCGGCGCCGCGGCGAGCCCCCCCGGUCGAUCCCGAGAUCCUGCGCACCAUGAAGAAGGUGGGAUUCAUCGGCUACGCCCCAAACCCCAGGACCAAGCUCCGUAACCAGAUUCCUUAUCGGUUAAAGGAGAUGGACAACGAGUUCGACACCUUCAGCCAAGUCCCCGAGUCCCCGAUCGGGCGCGAGGAGGAGCCGCACCUCUACAGGGUGGCCAAGAAGUACAGGAAGGUCACCAUCAAAUACUCCAAGCUGGGGCUGGAGGAUUUUGACUUCAAGCAUUACAACAAGACGCUGUUUGCGGGGCUGGAGCCCCACAUUCCCAACGCCUACUGCAACUGCAUGAUCCAGGUGCUGUAUUUCCUGGAGCCAGUCCGCUGCCUGGUGCAGAACCACCUGUGCCAGAAGGAAUUCUGCCUGGGCUGCGAGCUGGGUUUGCUCUUCCACAUGCUGGACCUGUCCCGAGGAGACCCCUGCCAGGGGAGCAACUUUCUGCGGGCUUUCCGCACCAUCCCGGAGGCGUCGGCGCUGGGCCUGAUCCUGGCAGACUCGGACGAAGCCACGGGGAAGGUGAACCUGGGGCGGCUGAUUCAGAGCUGGAACCGUUUCAUCCUGACUCAGCUGCACCAGGAAACCCAGGAGCAGGAGGGACCCCAGGCCUACCGGGGGGCUGGCAGCAGCUUUGGCUCCUCGGGGGACUCGGUCAUCGGGCAGCUGUUCAGCUGUGAGAUGGAGAACUGCAGCAUGUGUCGCUGCGGGAAGGAGACCGUCCGUGUGUCCUCCACGCUGCUCUUCACCCUCUCCUACCCCGACAGCACUGAAAAACCAGCCAAGGAUUACGAAUUCGCCCAAAUUUUAAAACGCAGCAUCUGCUUGGAGCAGAACACGCAAGCCUGGUGUGAGAACUGUGAGAAAUACCAGCCCACGGUGCAGACCCGGAACAUCCGCUGCCUGCCGGACGUGCUGGUCAUUAACUGCGAGGUGAACAGCUCCAAGGAGGCAGAUUUCUGGAAGACACAGGCUGAGUAUUCCUUCCAGAAAGCCAUGAUGAAGAGAGGAGGCUUCGACAUCACCAAGGGAAAGGAGAUCACUCUCGGGGAGUGGAAGGAUCUGGGGAACCCCGACACGGGGCAUUCGUAUGCUUCUGUGGAGGAACUGAAGAACAUUUGGAUCCCUCACGCCAUCAAGAUGAGGUUGACCAAGAGCAAAGAGCUCGACGUGAGCAACUGGAGCGAGAGCGAUGAGCUGAGCCCGAUGGACGACCCCGAGUCCGUGUACAUCUACGACCUGAUGGCCACCGUGGUUCACAUCCUGGAUUCGCGCACCGGGGGCAGCCUGGUGGGGCACAUCAAGGUGGGAGAGACCUACCACCAGCGGAAGGAGGGAGUCACACACCAGCAGUGGUACCUCUUCAACGACUUCCUCAUCGAGCCCGUGGACAAGUGCGAGGCCGUGCAGUUUGACAUGAGCUGGAAGGUUCCAGCCAUCCUCUACUACGCCCGGAGGAACCUCAACGCCAAGUACAACCUCGUCAUCAAGAACCCCAUCGAGGCCAGCGUGCUGCUGGCUGAAGCCUCGCUGGCCCGCAAGCAGCGCAAGUGCCACGCCACCUUCAUCCCCCUCAUGCUGAACGAGAUGCCCCAGGCAGGAGACCUGGUGGGGCUGGACGCCGAGUUCGUCACGCUGAACGAGGUGGGGGGGCCCUGGGCAUCCUGCCCGGCCCCGCUGACGUUCCCAGCUCCGCAGGGCAUCCGCUUCCGUGGGUACAGCAUUCCCGAGUGCCAGAAGAAACUGCCCAAAGCCUCCGGGGGAGAGGAGCCGCUGCCCGAGGGGCUCUUCUGGCUGCUGGUGACCGGAGAAAUCCCGACCCAGGAGCAGGUGACCUGGCUGUCCCGGGAGUGGGCCAAGCGUGCGGCUCUGCCCUCCCACGUGGUGACCAUGCUGGACAACUUCCCCACCAACCUGCACCCCAUGUCCCAGCUGAGCGCCGCCGUCACUGCCCUCAACAGCGAGAGCAAGUUCGCCCGCGCCUACGCCGAGGGCAUCCACCGCGCCAAGUACUGGGAGUUUGUGUACGAGGACGCCAUGGACCUGAUCGCGAAGCUGCCGUGCGUGGCCGCCAAGAUCUACCGCAACCUGUACCGGGAGGGCAGCGGCAUCGGGGCCAUCGACCCCAACCUCGACUGGUCCCACAACUUCACCAACAUGCUGGGCUACACCGACCCCCAGUUCAUCGAGCUGAUGCGGCUCUACCUCACCAUCCACAGUGACCACGAGGGAGGGAAUGUGAGUGCCCACACGAGCCACCUCGUGGGCAGCGCCUUGUCCGACCCGUACCUCGCCUUCGCCGCCGCCAUGAACGGGCUGGCUGGGCCCCUGCACGGCCUCGCCAACCAGGAGGUGCUGCUCUGGCUCACGGACCUGCAGAAGGAGCUGGGCCAGGACGUGUCGGACGAGAAGUUGCGAGAUUUCAUCUGGAACACGCUCAACUCGGGCAGGGUGGUGCCGGGGUACGGGCACGCGGUGCUGCGGAAGACGGACCCGCGCUACACCUGCCAGCGGGAGUUCGCCCUCAAGCACCUGCCCAAGGACCCCCUGUUCAAGCUCGUGGCGCAGCUCUACAAGAUCGUCCCCAACGUGCUGCUGGAGCAGGGCAAGGCCAAGAACCCCUGGCCCAACGUGGACGCCCACAGCGGGGUCCUGCUGCAGUACUACGGCAUGAAGGAGAUGAAUUACUACACGGUGCUGUUCGGGGUGUCGCGGGCCCUGGGCGUCCUGUCGCAGCUCAUCUGGAGCCGGGCGCUGGGAUUCCCCCUGGAGCGGCCCAAAUCCAUGAGCACCAAGGGCCUCAUGCAGCUCGUGGGCUACAAAUCCGGGUAAAGAAGGGACGGGGACCGGGCUCCCCCAGGGAACGCCGCGCUGCCGGGCCCGGCCCGGACGCCCUC